CCAAAAAUGCAGGCUGGCCUUAUGGUAGAGUAUAUGAGACGCAGUUAGUACAGUAUGAAAACCCUAAUAUAGAGAAGAGAAGAGAAAGGCAGCUAGUUUUUCUUCUUCAUUUUCAUCUUCGCCGCCUUCCGAAGAUGAAGUUCAACAUUGCUAAUCCCACCACUGGUUGCCAGAAGAAGCUCGAGAUUGACGAUGACCAGAAACUUCGAGCCUUUUUUGACAAAAGGAUCUCCCAAGAGGUCAGUGGAGAUUCCCUGGGUGAGGAAUUCAAGGGUUAUGUGUUCAAGAUUAUGGGGGGAUGUGACAAGCAAGGGUUUCCAAUGAAGCAGGGAGUUUUAACUCCAGGCCGUGUUCGCCUUUUGCUGCACCGAGGUACUCCUUGUUUUCGGGGGUAUGGUAGGAGAAAUGGUGAGCGCAGAAGGAAGUCUGUCCGUGGAUGCAUUGUUAGCCCUGAUCUUUCUGUUCUGAAUCUGGUUAUCGUGAAAAAGGGUGACAAUGAUCUGCCUGGACUGACCGACACUGAGAAACCAAGAAUGAGAGGACCCAAGAGAGCUUCAAAGAUCAGGAAGCUCUUUAACCUUUCCAAGGAAGAUGACGUCAGGAAGUAUGUCAACACCUACCGCCGAAAUUUCACCACCAAAACUGGGAAAAAUGCGAGCAAAGCUCCUAAGAUUCAGAGGCUUGUGACACCCUUGACCCUGCAAAGAAAGAGGGCAAGAAUUGCUGACAAGAAGAAGAGAAUCGCCAAGGCCAAGUCAGAGGCAGCUGAUUAUCAGAAGCUUCUUGCUUCAAGGUUGAAGGAACAAAGAGAAAGGCGUAGCGAGAGUUUGGCUAAGAAGAGGUCUAGACUCUCUGCAGCUUCUAAGCCAUCCAUCGCUGCAUAGGUCACUGGAAUGUGUUUUCUGCUAUUUUUGGGUCUGGUUUUGAUUAUUGCUGGAUGUAGUACAUGCUUUUGGUAAAUUUUGAGUCUAUCUGAUAGUACUUCAAGAUUGAAGAUUUUUGUUACUUGACAUUUGACAAUAUUUUAUAUUUAUGUUUUUCUUGA